AUGGCUGAUAUUGAGUAUGAGACUACUGAUGUGGUCAUCUGCGGCUGUGGUCCGACCGGGGCAAUGCUCUCUGUAUACCUUGGGCGAAUGUCUAUUCGACACGUUGUGAUUGAGAAGGAGCCUGAGAUCACUACUGAUCCACGAGGUAUUGCGCUGGAUGAGGAUGGAAUUCGGGCGUUGCAAGGCGCUGGCAUCUAUGAUCCCAUUUAUUCUGAUAUUGGGACUUGCAUGCAAAAGUUCAAGUUCAUUGGAGGAACGGAUAAAGUCCUCGACAAGAAGGCUUUCUUAGAAAUGGAUUAUGGCACGACCGAAGGUGGUACCGGCCAUGUUGGAUUCAUAUGCCAUAAACAACCAAUCCUCGAAAAGCAUCUGAGAACAGCAAUGACCUCAUCCAGCUUCUGUCAGCUCCAAACCAACGCAACUAUGAUCGAUAUUCGCGAGGAAGGAGAUCAUGUCUAUUCGCAGUAUCGUGAUGCGCAAGGCAAAGUACACAACCUAAAGUCUCCAUUUCUAGUUGGCGCCGAUGGCAAGACAGGCUUUACCAGGAAGAGCUUCAUGGAGCCUUUGGGUAUCCGCAUGGAACAGGCACAUCAAUCAUUCUACGAUGAAACCUGGGUGGCACUGAAUUGGGAGAUCUCACUUCCUACGGAAAAGACGCACCCCGACUUUCCCCUGUGGAAGCUAGGAUACACCCCAGAAGAAGUCUACGAUCUGUUUUUCCCAGAGAACUUUAGGUUCGUCUGUAAUCCAGAGCGCCCCGCUGUGUGUGGACGUUUUGGGUUGCCAGCAGACAGACUCUGGCGCUUUGAGUUUGUUGUACUUCCCGGUGAAGAUGGACAGGAAAUGUCCAACCCCGAGAAUAUUGAAAAAGUUGUAUAUCCCUAUAUUACACACCCGGGAAGUAAAUAUGGAUUAAUUCAAGAUAUCACAUUCCCCGAUGACUGCAUCCGCGUCCUUCGAUCACGACCAUUCCGCUUCGCUGCGCGAAGCUGCAAUAGAUGGUCACAUGGCCGCGUAGUACUUUGCGGCGAUGCAGCACACGUAUUCCCACCCUUUGGUGGCCAAGGAAUUGCAUCCGGCUUCCGCGACGCCGUCAGCCUAGCCUGGCGUCUCGUCCUUCUCUGCAGACGAGAACCGUCAACCAAACCCAACAACCACGAACAAGUUCUAUCGGCGUGGUAUAUUGAGCGCAAGCAGCAGCUGGAGCGGUCCCUCACAUCAACGAUUGGGAAUGGCCAGUUCGUCACCGAAGGCAAUCCUCUCAAAAUUUUCCUCCGCGAUUGGUCGCUGUACUUUAUGCACUUCAUUCCAAGUUGGAGGCAUUAUCUCCGGCUUGGGCGCCGAAAGGAAGGGAUGGUGCCGUACAAGUACUCGCCUGGACUCCCAUUUGAUCCGGCGUACAAGGGAGGUACUUUCCUUCGACAGGUUUAUUGUAAGCCUGUUGGAACGUCGGGUGAUGUGUUGUUCUCAGAUGAUAUCAUCUUCCAAAAAGAGAAGAAAGGGCUCUUCCAGCUGCUUGUAUGUCUGAAAGAUGUGAAUGAGCUGACUGCUGCGCGCGAGUCGGUAUCUCGGAUUGAAGAGACUUCCAAGGGAGAGCUCCCGUAUGCUGAAGUCACGUACCUUGUUGGAAGGUUAGACAUGGAAUCGAGGGCUCUUACACAAGACACUUCUUCGGUUUACCGUCUGGCCACCGCUGAAGAGUUUGCUGGGUCACCCUUGUGUCGUGGACGACCGAAGCCAGAGUAUUAUGACCCACACCAACUUGCGAAGGCGCUAGGAAGAAGCAUGUUUGUCCUUGUUCGACCGGACCGCAUUGUAUAUGCUGCUUGUGAUGACGUUUCCCAGCUCGAGAAAGAGGUUAGAGAGGCUGUGACAUAUCUACGUGCAUGA